AACAUUGGCACUAGUUGCGGCGUUAACUUCUCUCAUAUUAUUGUAUUCAUCUGUAGACGAAGAGACGAUCUGUAUAUUAUUUUGUGAUAGAUUAAUCAAAAGUUGGAGUCGGGAAUUGCGUGACAAAAUGGUUUUAUUGGAACACAUGAGAAAUAUAUUACCAGUCGUGCAACAUACAUUUAGGCAAAGGUAUUUUCAUACGAGUGCAAUAAUGAAUAAGGUACAAUCCGGACGCUACAAAAUCACACUUAACAAAGACAAGCCACUGACGUAUGAGAUGGCAAAUCCACCUCAUUACCUUGCUCAUAGAAAAUCCUGGAACGCAUGGAAUACCUCAAAUAUCAAGGAUGGCAACAGGCCAUCCGAGACAGCCAUAGAAGAUAUGUUUAUUCGACAAUUUAUGACUGGAACAUGGCACAAUUUAUUCGCGACUGAAGUCAUCAUUAAGCGGCAGCAUAAUAUUGUUAGGAUAGCUGGAAUUGUCACACGUACUAUAGCUCCAUAUAAGAUAUAUUUCUUAACUGGUUAUACCGAAGAACUUCUGAGUUAUUGGCUUCAGUGUCCUGUUAAAAUAGAAUUGGUUACGAUUGAUAGUAAAAAAGAUAUGAUAUUUAAGUAUAUAUAGAUAUCAGUACAUAUGUAAAUAAUAAACUAGAUUUUUACUAAUACAUCAGAUAUAAUUGAUUCUAUCCAAUAUAAAAUAAUGUAGUUUAAUUAAUUAUUUCAUUCAGAGAUAUUUUGGUGAGUUAUAACACAAUAUAAAAGAGAUAUAUAAAAAGAAUUAAAUAAAUUAAUAUUACGUAGUUCGUUCUCUUUUUGUAAGAAUAGUGAAAAAUUUAUAAAGGUUUAUUUUUGUUUCUUGCAUGUCAUCCAUUUAUUUUGCAUUACUUAUAAUAAAUCGUUACAUUCGAUCAUGACU